UCAGGGCAGCGAUGAUGGCGGCGCCGCGGGUGUCGCUGGGGGCGCUGAAGGAGCCGCUGGGGCUGAGCCGGGGCCUGCAGUGGUUUUUCUCCAUCUUCGCCUUCGCCACCUGCGGCGGCUUCGAGGGCUCCGUCACCUUCACGGUCACCUGCGCAGGGGGGGACAACGGGACCCAGGUGACAAACGUGACGGCCACCUACGGGUACCCCUUCAGGUUGAACCAGGCCGUGUUCCAGCCGUCGCUGACUCACCUGUGCAACCACACCUGGCCGCGGGACGUUCACCUGGUCGGGGAUUUCUCCUCGGCCGCGCGGUUCUUCGUGGGCGUGGCCGUGGGCGCCUUCCUGUACAGCCUGGGGGCGCUGGGGGUGUACCUGGGCUACCUGCACCUGUACAGGUGUGCGGGGUCACGCCUGCCCCUCAUGGUGAGUGUGAAUUACCUGUACAGGACCCCAGGACCUGCUGCUGUCGGGGCUGCUCUCGGUGCUCUGGCUCUGCGCCUCCUGUGCCUGGCCCAGGGCCUCGGCCACGUCCGCGGGGCGGCGACCGCGCCCCUCCCCCACUGCCCCGCCCCCGGCGGUGACGUCACCUGCGCGCGCACGGCGGCCACGCCCAUGGGGGGCUGGGGCGUCCGUGGUGAGAAACAAUGGGGAAACUGA